AUAUAGAAAUAAAUUUAUACUUUUGCUUUCCUCUACCGUUUGUUUUCCGUUUUUACUUUUUAACAUAGAAUGUCUUUCAAAAAUUAUUUUGUUAUUAUAAUAAUUUUGAACAUAUUUUGUUUUCAAGAAUGUUUUUCUCGUCGUAGUUCUCACAGUCAUGGUGGUCCAAGUAUACCUGGGCUUUCAAUUAACUCGAUUCAAAAUAGUAAUGCUAACAAUCUGCUUAUAUAUUUUCCUUCUGUCACAUUACAGUGAACUAAACUUUUGCUUUAUAAUAGAAUACCAUUGGAAAUGUUUAGAUUUGGCAACAAAUCCAAUGUAUUUAAAUGAUUGUUCCAGUAUACCCAGUCAAGUUAAAUUUUACAUAAGCUUAUUGCAUCAAAAUUAUCCAGAAUGCAAAAAUCCAUUUAAAAUACACGGAGCUGGAGGAACUGUUUUAUCAUGGAAUAAGAAAGAAAACACCGUUUUCAUGGAUUCAUCAAUUAAUGCUAAUAACACACAAUGGUGUUAUGAUGAUUCAAAUUAUGAGGAUUCGUUCACCAUACAUCCGUAUGGUAGACCUCAAGAUUGUCUAUCAGCUCCUCUUAAAGAGGGAGAUCCAGUUUGUGUAAUAGAUAUUCCCAAGCAAGACGAUGAAAAAAUAAUAACUAGAAAAAAAAAAUAUAUGUAUUGUAAAAGAACAAUUUAUUAUCAUAAUUUAAUAAAUUUUUUAAGACAGGUUUCUUAAAAAAUUAUCCUUUGAUAAAUCAAUUUUUAUUUAUAUUUGUUAAGAAGUAG